AGAUCCGGGCGCGGCGACAGACGCUCGACGCGCGGCGCCGCGCCGUCGCGACAUGGCUCUCGCGGGCAGCCUCGCCCGACGGGCUCUUCGAUGGCUGAAGGACGUCCAGGACGUCGCCCCCGCGUCGCGGGAGGUCUUCGUGUCCUUCAGGGAAGCCGGCGACGUCGAGUCCAAAUGGCGCGCGUGGUCCGACGCGUCGCACGGGGGGAUGAGCGCGGCGUCCGUCUCGUGGCGGCCCCGACCGGAGGGCGCGGAGGACGGCGACGUCGGGGCGAUGGUGCUCGAGGGAACGCUCAGCACCGACAUCGCGCGUCCGUUACCCGCGCUGGAGCCCGCGCCGGGCGCCGAGCCGCAGAUCGACCCGUGGUCGGGCGCGACCGUCACCAAAGCCAUCGAUCGGGGUGCCGAAGAGCUCGAACCUUCGUCGUCGUCGGGCGGGGGAUCCUCGGGCGGGGGUGCCGACGCGCCGAGGGUGACGAAAUCCCUCAAGCGCAGCGGCUUCGCGGGGUGCAGCACCAAGGACCUGCCCGCGGGCGAGUUCAUCGACCUCGACGCCUUCACCGCGCUGCGGUACAGGGUACGAUCCGACGGACGAAAGUACGUCGCGUCCAUCCGAACCGACAACUGGGUCACCGGCGGGAAAGAAGACCUCUGGCAGUGCUUCCUUUUCGCCCCAAAAGACACAUGGGCGGACGUCGUCCUGCCCAUCGGCAGGUUCCUGAAGACGUGGCGCGGCGGCGUCCUGGAGCACGAGUACGAGAUGAGCAAGAGCAAGGUGGUCGGGCUCGGUUUGGCGGUGGCGGGGGGCGGCGUCGAGCCCCCGGGCCAUUUCAGGAUCGAGCUCGCGUCCGUGCAAGGCCUGAGGCUCGACAGGGAAGAGUUGGCGGUGGCGAUUCGAAGGGCGGAGGCUGGAUGGGGCGCCGCGUUUGGUCGUUCCGCGAGCGCGGGUUCGAGCCCGGGGACGAUCGGUGAGGGCAUGGGUCUCGCGGCUGAGGCGCUGCGGGCAGAGGCGUUUGGGCGUCGGUCGGGGAACGGUGGCGUCGCGGGUUCGAUCCCCGCGGGUGGCGGCGAGGGUUCCGUGGACGGCGACGGGUUCGCGGCGCCGAAGUUUCGGGGCGAGACGCUGCCGAGCUUCCUCGGGACGCGCGAGGGCGGCGGGGAGAGGAGAGAGGAGUGAGUCGUCUUUAUUCAUUGUCCACCGAAGG